AUAAACAUGACUAUCUAGCAUAGCACAGAGGAACCUCAGCAAUGGCUUCCGGUGCUCAAGCCGCGAAGAUGGUGGCACUGAGCAUGAUGCUGGCCAUCCUGCUCGCCACCACGGCCGACUCCAAUCCCCAGCCAGACCGCACCUGCUCCGUGGAGUGCGCCUGCGCCGAGCAGUGCAGCCGCCAGUACCCUCGCGUCGACGACGACCCCCCUUUCAAGAUCACUCCUGUCUGCACACACCGCACGGAGCACGAGUUCUACGCUCGCCUCUACCUGCACCAUAGUUUUCAAGGGAAAUAUAGGAACCAACAAGACGUAUUGAGUAGUGAGUUGAAAAAUGACUUUGGAUCCUUGAUUGUUAAUGAUUGGGUCAUCACGGACUCACCUGGCCGUGACACCAAGGUUGUGGCUCACGCAAAGGGCAUCCAUAUCCAGGCCGGAAUGGACACCGAAGACUACUAUGUUUCUUUCAACAUGGUGUUCGAUGAUGGCAGGUUUAAAGGGUCCACGCUUCAAGUCAUGGGAACCGUUGUCGCAGAAGGUGAAUGGGCUAUUCUGGGUGGAACAGGAGAAUUUGCAUUAGCUCGUGGAGUUAUUUAUAAAACCUACUCGAAAUACAUUAAUCAAGUGGGUGAUGUGAUUGAACUUGACAUUCAUUGUCUUUACACUGCUAUGGAAAGGUCAAAGGGUACUUAUUGGGCAUUGGAGGCAUGAACAAACGAUUCGAGUCUUGAAAGGCCAUCCAUCCAAUUCCUUCCUGAAGCAUGUGCGCGCUUAGUACAGGUCCAUAAGCUUAGUAUGUAUCCGUCGGUGUCUAUAAAUUAUUGCCAGCAAUAAAAGAUCUUGGUUUAUCAAAACAUGUUUAGUGUCAAGAUCGGCAAACAAAAUCAUUAGGUGAUAUAUCUUACAUGAAGUUGUACCGAUGUGAGCUGAUGUGCUAGCAGAAUAUCAGAGUUGUAGUCUUGUAAAUGGACCGAGCUUGUUAUCUGUUGGGCUCUCUUUGUUGCUGCAUUAGAGUUAUACAAUGGUGGGUGCUUAUGCACAGGUGCUUGAGGAAAAAGAUCAGCAUCGGACGUGGUCUUGCAAUGGAGUGGUGCUAAGGAGAGAUGCUUCAGUUGCUUAGAUGGAGGCGUUGGACUCUUUUUUCUCUUAUUUUUUCUGUUGAUGGAGGCUUUGAAGGGAGCAGUUAUUUCUAAGCAUCGGCUGGCAUCGGAAGCAAACAUUUGCUUCUGGCUCCCUUCCUAAGCAUCGGUACAAUCCAAGAUGAGGAAAAAAAACCGGGUUUUUUUCUCUAGCACCUGGCUAAGCACCCCCCGCUGUACAGGGCCUUAGUAGCUCAUGAAGGUUACCCUAAAUUUUCGGCCCUUUACAAAUUGUCUUUCCCCAGUCGUUCAUGGCAGCACCCAUUAUUUCUGUAUAUCUUACAUGGAGAUGAAGAUGGGAUUUUUAGAUGGUUA